AUGGCAAUGAGAGCAUCAACUACGACGCGCUGGAAGUCUCCCUCAGGACGUGUAGACAUGUCUGGCAUAGGAGGGAAAGGGCUGUGGAGCCACAUCACUGAUGAUGGUCCGAAGUCAGGGGCCAAAGAAACUGAAGAAGGUGAAGAGGAAAAGACUCUCACCAAAGCUGAAGCAAAGAAGUGGGUGCAAGAAGACUUGAUGGUGCUCUCCGUGCUUCGUGUGUUUGAGUUGAAGAGAGCCAUUAACUCCAUGAAGCAAGAUGGAGGAGAGCUCACCAAACACAUGGGAAACUACAAGGAUGUCAUCAAACACAUCUUGAGAUCGCCUAACCUACCAUCCAUGGAGGAAGUAUGCGCGCAACUUCAGAAUGAGGAGGGAUCUCUUGGCAUGUUUGGAGGCAAGGGUGAGCUCACUAUGGCUCAUCAAGCUGAAGGAAUGCAAGCAAACAAGGAUGCAUACAGAGGCUCAGAAAAGAAGUAUGAAAAGUAUGAGGGAAGCUGUGAGCAUUGCAAGAGAACCGGUAACAAGAAGAGUGAGUGUUGGAUCCUACAUCCUCACCUCAGGCCACGCGGGUUCAACAGGGAUAGGGAAGCAAAGGCUCACCUUUCUGCUGAAGCAAAUGGUGCUGCUUCAUCCGGAGCUAGCUCAGGCGCUAAGGUGGGUGAAAGUGAAGGUAGAGUCUUGGCAUCUCAUCAACUAAUUGGAAAGGGUAUGGAUCAGGAGGUAUUCAAGAGAGCUGACCUUGAAGCCUUCUUCAAAGCUCUUAAGGAGUCUGGUAACACUCUCGGAAACACCCUAGGAUACUCAUAUGCUGCUCAUACAUUGCCUAGUACUACUGAUAAGUUACUAGACAUUUUUAAAAACUUUUACACUGCUGCUAGUAAUCCUAGUAAUACUGAUAGUGAUAAUAACCUGAUUAAAGACAUAGAACCGGCUCAUGAACAUGUUAUGAUUGCUAAUGGAGAUAAAAUUCCUAUUAGAGGAAUUGGUAAACUGAAACUGUUUAAUAAGGACUCUAAAGCAUUUUUGAUGCCUGAGUUUACUUCUAAUCUUUUAUCUGUCAAAAGAUUCACCACUGAUCUUCAAUGCAAUGUUAUCUUUAGUCCUGAUGAUGUUAAGUUUCAGGAUAUUAAGAGCAGCCACACAUUCAAAGUAGCUCAACAUGGGAUUCUACAUCAGACUAGUUGUCCUUACACUCCACAACAGAAUGGAGUUGCUGAAGGGAAGAACAUACACCUCAUGGAAGUGGCCCGUUCAAUGAUGUUCCACAAGAGUGUCCCAAAGAGAUUUUGGAGUGAUGCUGUGAUGAAUGCUUGCUAUCUGAUCAACAGGAUACCAACCAGAAUCCUAGAGAUCAACAUGAUACCAACCAGAAUCCUAGAGGAUCAGUCUCCAUUUGAGGUACUCAACAAGAGUCGACCAGUUCUGGAUCACUUGAGGACAUUUGGGUGUGUGUGCUAUGUACUGGUGCCAGGAAAGAUGAGAAACAAACUUGAAGCAAAGAGCACCAAUGCUAUGCUUAUUGGAUAUUCCGCAUCUCAAAAGGGAUACAAGUGCUUUGAUCCCACUGCUAGAAGAGUCUUGGUGUCUAGGGAUGUGAAGUUCAUCGAAGAUAAAGGGUAUUAUGAAGAGAAGAGUUGGGAGGAGCUUGAAGAGCUUUCUCAACCAUCAGAUAAAGCUGGGGGAAGUGAAUCUGAAGCUGAAGGGUUAAAAGAUCAAGGCUCAGAAGAAGCUGGAGGUCUAGAAGAUCAAGGCUCAGAUUCUCCUGUCCAAAGUGGAGAUGAAUCAGUAAGAGAAGUUCAGAAUGAAGGUCAGGAAGCUGGAGAAGAAAUCCAGAUACAAGAAGAAGUUGUUGAGGAACAAGUAGAAGUUCCUUUGAGAAGAAGCACACGAAUAAGGAGGGAUGCUUCCGAGUGGGCAAACACGAGAAACUGGGUAAACACGAGAGUGUACUACAAUGCCCAGGCUGUGGAGCAUUCUUCCUAA